AUUCUUCACGGCAGCCUGAACGCUUUUGGAAGCGGGCAGUGGAAAGCGGGAGUUUGCCCCCCUCCUUCUCUGCUUGGGGGAAAGGAGUUGCCCAACCUGGUCAUGAGACUUUUCCACACUUCCCAAAGAGGUGAAGAACUCCUGAAGUUGUGACACUGCACCGCGGAGAGCCUGGGGCAGCACAGCCCCCCCGAGCGCAGCCACGGGAGAUGGAGAAUGAGGUUGGCAAAUCUGUGGACAAUCAAAUGGACAAAUACAUAGUUACAAUAAUGGGGAAAUCAGAAAGCCAAAUGGAUAUUGUGGAAAAAUCGACCAAAUCCGGGAAGAAGCCCUGGAGCUUUGUGGCCAUCGGGCUGGCUGUCCUGCUGCUCCUCAUGACCUGUGCUGCCGUCGCCCUGGUGAUCCUCUAUGCCAGCAGCAGAGGCUCCCACUAUGGCACCAACUCGGGCAACAUCUGCACCACCCCUGGGUGUGUGACAGCAGCUGCCAGAAUAAUCCAGAACAUGGACCCCACGGCUGACCCGUGCAAGGAUUUCUAUCAGUACGCCUGCGGGGGCUGGCUGAACCGGCACGUGAUCCCGGAGACCAGCUCCAGAUACAGCAUCUUUGACAUCCUCAGGGACGAGCUGGAGAUCAUCCUGAAAGGUGUGCUGGAGACUUCAGAUCCAGGGGACAGAGAAGCAUUUCAGAAAGCUAAAAUCCUUUACAAGUCCUGCAUGAACGAGAGCCUUAUAGAGCAAAGAGAUUCCCUGCCCCUGCUGGAGGCCUUGAGGAUGGUUGGAGAUUGGCCAGUGGCUUCUGCAGACUGGAGUAAGACCAAAGAGCCAAGCUGGAGCAUGGAGGAAAACCUUUCCAUAAUGAACUCCAGGUUUAACAAACGUGUCCUCAUCGACAUGUUCGUGUGGAAUGAUGACCGGGAUUCCAGCAGACACAUCAUUUAUAUUGACCAGCCAAGUUUGGGAAUGCCAUCCAGGGACUACUACUUUAAUGGGGGCAACUAUCAAAGAGUGAGAGAAGCUUAUCUGCAGUUCAUGAUCACCAUCGCCAGAAUGAUCCGGGAAGACAAGAACGUGUCCAGAGAUGAUUCCUUUGUCCAGGAGGAAAUGGCAAAGGUCAUGGAGCUUGAAACAGAGAUUGCAAACGCCACCACCCCAGCAGAGGAAAGGCACGAUGUGACCUUGUUGUACAACAAAAUGACCUUAGCAGAGCUGCAGGAAAAGUUUGCAUUCAAUGAAUUUAACUGGACCUUCUUCAUCCAACGUGUCAUGUCUUCAGUAAAUGUUCAGGUGGACCCAGAAGAAGAGGUGGUUGUGUAUGGGAUGCCUUAUCUGCAAGAGCUGAAAGCAAUUAUCUCCAAGUACUCAGCCAGCACCAUCCAGAACUACCUCAUCUGGAGGCUGGUGAUCGACCGGGUCAGCAGCUUGAGCCGGCGCUUCAAGGACGCCCGGGCCAGCUACAGGAAGGCCCUGUACGGGACGACGCUGGAGGAGGCGCGCUGGAGGGAGUGCGUGAGUUACGUCAACAACAACCUGGAGAACGCGGUGGGAGCGAUGUAUGUCCGGGAGACUUUUGCUGGUGAGAGCAAGAGGAUGGUCCGAGAUUUAAUAGAGAAGAUCCGCGAGGUGUUCGUGGAGACUUUGGAUGAGUUACAGUGGAUGGAUGAGGCAUCCAAGGAGAAAGCUCGUGAGAAGGCAAUGGCAAUCAAAGAACAAAUUGGCUACCCAGAUUAUAUUUUGGAAGAUCAGAAUGAGAAACUGGACCUGGAAUAUGCCAAUUUAAACUUCAGUGAACACCACUACUUUGAAAACAUCCUGGAAAACCUGCGAGCUGGAGCCCAAAAGAGCCUGAAAAAGCUUCGGGAGAGAGUUGACCAAGAUAUAUGGAUAAUCGGAGCUGCAGUGGUCAAUGCAUUCUAUUCCCCCAACAGGAACCAGAUAGUUUUUCCUGCUGGGAUUCUCCAGCCCCCUUUCUUCAGCAAACACCAGCCCCAGGCCCUGAACUUCGGAGGGAUUGGGAUGGUUAUUGGCCAUGAGAUCACUCACGGGUUUGAUGACAACGGCAGGAAUUUUGACAAAGAUGGGAACAUGCUGGACUGGUGGAGCAACUUCUCAGCGCUGCAUUUCAAGGAGCAGUCCCUGUGCAUGGUGCACCAGUACGGGAACUACACCUGGGAGCUGGCCGGGGGGCAGAACGUCAGUGGCAUAAGCACAUUAGGAGAAAAUAUUGCAGAUAACGGAGGAGUCCGACAGGCUUAUAAGGCCUAUUUGAAGUGGCUGGAACGGGAAGGGAAGGAGCCAAAGCUGCCUGGACUGAACCUGUCCCACAAACAGCUUUUCUUCCUCAACUUUGCCCAGGUCUGGUGUGGUUCCUACAGACCAGAAUAUGCCAGUCAGUCCAUAAAGACAGACGUUCACAGCCCUCUGAAGUACAGGGUGAUGGGCUCCCUGCAGAACUUCGAAGCCUUCUCCGAGGUGUUCCACUGUAAGAAGGGCACGGCCAUGCACCCCGCAGGGAAGUGCCGGGUGUGGUGACCCCGGGCGGGGCCCUCUGGUGACACCAGGGACAGCUGGUGGCAGGGAUGUGGCAGGGGUGUGCCCGGCGUUCUGCGGCUCAGCCCCAGCCAGGGCUGCCGGGGCAGUGAGGGCCAAGGAAGAACUCGGCUCUCCCAGUGCCCCUGGGGAGCACACAGGGAUCCCGGGAUCACGGGGAUGGAUCCUGGGAUCACAGGGGUGGAUCCCAGGGAUUGAUCCCAGGGAUCACAGGGCUGGAUCCCAGGGAUUGAUCACAGGGAUCACAGGGAUGGAUCCUGGGAUCACAGGGAUGGAUCCCAGGGAUCACAGGGAUGGAUCACAGGAUCACAGGGAUUGAUCCCAGGGAUCACAGGGAUGGAUCCUCGGUUCACAGGGCUGGAUCCCAGGGAUUGAUCCCAGGGAUCACAGGGAUUGAUCCUGGGGAUCACAGGGAUGGAUCCUGGGAUCACAGGGGUGGAUCCCAGGGAUCACAGGGCUGGAUUCUGGGAUCACAGGGCUGGAUCCCAGGGAUUGAUCCCAGGGAUCCCAGGGAUUGAUCCUCGGAUCACAGGGCUGGAUCCCAGGGAUUGAUCCCAGGGAUCACAGGGAUUGAUCCUGGGGAUCACAGGGAUGGAUCCCAGGGAUCACAGGGAUGGAUCCUGGGGUCACAGGGAUGGAUCCCAGGGAUACACAGGGAUGGAUCCUGGGGAUCACAGGGCUGGAUCCUGGGGAUCACAGGGAUUGAUCCCAAGAUCUCACAGGGAUGGAUCCCAGGACGGGCAGGCUGUGCCAGAGGCUCCCGGGCACGACGACUGUUUCCAAGGACAUCCUGACUGUUACUGAGACACUGCAUCAGGGUUACAAGGACUCCUUCUUACACGAGAACAAAACCAACAAGCAGCCACGGAUCUAUUUUUCAGAGAGGAAUAAUAAUUUUAAUAUGUCGGCUCCUCUUUCUGGGGCUCAGCAAUGCUGUCUGAGAUGUUCCACUGCUCCGUUUCCAGAUGUUCUGGCUCCGUUUCUGGUGCAUUCUUCUCCCAGACCAGCUUAGAGCUGGUGUAAACUCUCGUGCUGUCUGUGCCCCUGCUUUGUUGUCAUGGGUUGCUUUUUGUCGUGACAUGUCACACAGUGAGCUCUAUGUCAAGACGCCUGUUCAAUUCUCCUCCUGCACUUGAGUUCCUCUGCUCCAAAGAACCCCCUUCAAGUGAGGCGUCACUAUAAUUAUCACAUUUUAGGAGUACAAAUUCUGUCUUUAUGGUUAAAUUACAGGGUCUCACCCGUCAGAGAUAUAUUUAAAAUGAUGCUUAUUCUUGUAGAAAGUGUAUAAAAUACCUUUUGCCAAAUAGCAGACGUGUAUCCAUGGAAACAAUUAAGCUGAUUUUAAUCCUGUGCCUUUUUAUUUUGCCAUAGGCUAUUUUUCAGUAUUUACACUUGAAAAUGUAACAUGUAUUAAUUUUUAAUAAAAUUU